AUGUUGAUCCAGUCCCUCCUCGACACGGACCUGUACAAGCUGUCGCUGCAGAAUGCGGUGCGCCACCACUUCCCUCAAGCGCAAGUCGAAUACCGCUUCACGAACCGAGGGCGCACACCCUUCACCCGGCGUAUGCAUGAUGCAGUCUUGGUUGCUAUCAAGGGUGAGCUCGGGCAGACACCUUGUACUGCCGGAACGUGACUGACAAUGACUACCCGCGGCGAUGCUCGAAAUCAGAUCUUGGAACACUCCGCGUGACCUCGUCCGAAGUGGAAUGGCUCAAAACGAACUGCCCCUACUUUACCCCCGAAUACCUCGACUAUCUGUCCAAAUUCCGGUUUGAUCCGGAUCAGCAAGUCAAGGUCGAUUUCGUGGUUGAGAACACGGAUGAAGAGGGUGUCGAAUCGGGUCGUUUCGAGAUUGAGAUCAAGGGGGCUGGGCGGCGACGAUUUUGUAUGAGGUAAGGUCCUGAUUUUUCGAUGGCAAGACUUUGGGCUUGGUGUUGGGGUCUUGCCUCGGUUCAAUUGGGAGUGCCAAGCUCACGUUGCGGUGUCAUCCCCUUAUCAGGUUCCGGUGAUGGCGAUUCUCUCAGAGGUGUACUUCACCAAGGUCGACACCGCAUGGGACUACAGGGGCCAAUUUGGUUGGUCCAGAAGACUUUCAAGAUCUUUGAUGUCUUCCACUGACGAGGGGUGCCAUCUUCCGUCCUCAGAACAAGCCAAAGAGAAAGGCCGACAACUUUUCCUCGGCGGGUGUUUGACCAGCGAAUUCGGCACACGCCGUCGGCGCUCAUUCAAAGCCCAAGAGAUCAUCAUCCGAGGACUCAUGGCCGCGCACGACGAGUACGCGUCUGGAGAAGGACGAGGAAAGCUAUCGGGGACGUCGAACAUUUUCCUUGCGAUGAAGUACGGUCUUAUGCCGAUUGGGACGAUCGCCCAUGGUGAGCCCGCACGAGACUGGCUGGUAGGAAAAUUCCAGAAGCGGAGUGGGUGCUCAUCGUGAAAGCGUCAUGAAUCGCACAGAAUGGAUCAUGGGCAUCGCCGCGCUCCAUGGCUACGAAAAGUCGAACGCUUUAGCCAUGCGAUUAUGGGACGAAUGCUACCCCUCCAAGGCUUUAUCGGUGGCUCUGACGGACACAUUCUCGACCAAACCUUUCUUCGAUGACUUUGUUGCCGACCCGGAGAGAUCAAGGACGUGGAGGGGGCUGAGACAAGACUCGGGGGUGAGUUGGAGUGUAUGAUACUUUAUGGGCUGAUCUGCUCAAUGUAAAAUUGACAGCAAACGUUGUGCUCAGGAUCCUCUCGACUUUAUUCCGAUGGCCAAAGAGGCUUUCCUCAGAGUGGGGGCUGACCCGAAGACAAGUGAGUGCGGGCGCUCGAUUUUCACACCAGCAUAGCGAUAUGACGGCACUGAACGAAUCGGAGUGCUCCGCCAAACAGAGGUCAUCGUCUUCUCCGAUGGUUUGGACGUUCCGACUUGCCUGAAGUUGAAGAAAGCGUCUGACCUUGCCGGGGUGGGCUGCUCGUUCGGAGUAGGCACCAAUCUGACAAAUGGUAGGAUUUCAUACCGAAUACGCGGAUCACUCAACAUUAGCCUAAACUGACCAGUGUGACGUACAGACUUUCGCCGGACCGCAUCGCCCAUUGCUCCGGCGGAGGACGACGGCUCCGGACCUGUGCGAGAGCAAGGUGAGAAGAGCAAGGCGCUGAACAUGGUCAUCAAGAUGUACCGCAUCAACGACAAAUUCUGCAUCAAGAUUUCCGACGAUUUGACAAAGGUGAGCCGAAUCUUUAUGGCCGUAGUAUCUUUGUGGCAGGAGAAUACCGAAGACAAGAUUCUCCCUGAUCCAAAGUACCAUUCAUCCAUUUGUGCCAGAACACCGGAGAUGCUGCCGAGGUUGAGCGCGCGAAGCAGAUCCUCCAUCUCGGCAAACCUCAGGUUCAAGAUGCUUAG